AUGGCUUCGGAAGUGGUGUGCGGGCUGAUCUUCAGGCUGCUGCUCCCCAUCUGCCUGGCAGUAGCUUGUGCAUUCCGGUACAAUGGGCUCUCCUUUGUCUACCUUAUCUACCUCUUGCUCAUUCCUCUGUUCUCAGAACCAACCAAAGCGACGAUGCAAGGACACACAGGGCGGUUGCUACAGUCCCUGUGCAUCACCAGCCUCUCAUUUCUGCUCCUUCACAUCAUUUUCCACAUCACACUGGCCAGCCUGGAAGCUCAGCACCGCAUCGCACCCGCUUACAACUGCUCAACUUGGGAAAAGACCUUCCGGCAGAUUGGCUUCGAAAGCUUGAAGGGAGCUGAUGCUGGCAAUGGCAUCAGGGUGUUUGUGCCUGAUAUCGGGAUGUUCAUUGCGAGCCUGACCAUCUGGCUGGUCUGCAGAACCAUUGUUAAGAAACCAGACACGGAAGAAGUAGCCCAAUUUAAUUCCGAGUGCGAAAAUGAAGAAUUGGCUGGAGGAGAAAAGAUGGACUCAGAAGAAGCACUGAUUUAUGAGGAGGACUUAGAUGGGGAAGAAGGCAUGGAAGGCGAGCUGGAAGAAAGCACAAAGUUAAAAAUAUUUCGCAGGCUCGCCUCCGUCGCUUCCAAGCUUAAGGAGUUCAUCGGCAAUAUGAUAACCACGGCGGGCAAGGUGGUGGUGACCAUCCUGUUGGGCUCGUCCGGCAUGAUGCUGCCAUCUUUGACCUCAGCUGUGUACUUCUUUGUAUUUCUGGGUCUGUGCACCUGGUGGUCCUGGUGCCGAACUUUUGACCCACUGCUGUUUGGCUGCCUCUGUGUCCUGCUGGCAAUCUUCACUGCUGGGCACCUGAUUGGACUUUAUCUGUACCAGUUUCAGUUCUUCCAAGAAGCAGUCCCACCCAAUGACUACUAUGCAAGGUUGUUUGGAAUCAAAUCCGUUAUUCAAACAGACUGCUCCAGCACCUGGAAGAUCAUAGUAAACCCAGACCUGUCCUGGUAUCACCAUGCCAACCCCAUCCUCCUGCUGGUGAUGUACUACACGCUGGCCACGCUGAUCCGCAUUUGGUUGCAAGAGCCUCUUGUGCCGGAGGAGAUGUCGAAGGAAGAGGAGGGUGCACUGGAUGGCUGCUCCAAUCAGAACACAGCAGAGAGGAGGCGGAGCCUGUGGUAUGCAACCCAGUACCCAACAGAUGAGAGAAAACUUUUAUCCAUGACCCAAGAUGACUACAAACCAUCUGAUGGCCUGCUGGUGACCGUGAACGGCAACCCUGUGGACUACCACACCAUCCACCCAAGUCUGCCCAUAGAGAAUGGCCCCGCCAAGACAGACCUAUACACUACUCCCCAGUACCGGUGGGAGCCCUCAGAGGAGUCCUCAGAAAAGAAAGAGGAGGAAGAGGACAAGAGAGAAGACUCAGAAGGGGAAGAGAGCCAAGAGGAAAAACGGAGUGUGAGAAUUCACGCCAUGGUCGCCGUGUUCCAGUUCAUCAUGAAGCAGAGUUACAUCUGUGCCCUCAUCGCCAUGAUGGCAUGGAGCAUCACCUACCACAGCUGGCUGACCUUCGUGCUGUUGAUCUGGUCGUGCACUCUCUGGAUGAUUCGCAACAGGAGGAAGUACGCCAUGAUCAGCUCUCCAUUCAUGGUUGUCUAUGCCAAUCUGCUGCUGGUAUUGCAGUACAUAUGGAGCUUUGAACUUCCGGAAAUCAAGAAAGUCCCUGGAUUUCUAGAAAAGAAAGAUCCGGGAGAGCUUGCCUCAAAGAUCCUCUUCACCAUCACAUUUUGGCUGCUCCUGAGGCAGCAUCUCACAGAGCAGAAGGCCCUUCAGGAAAAGGAAGCGCUUCUGUCUGAAGUCAAAAUUGGAAGUCAAGAACUUGGCGAGAAGGAUGAGGAACUCCAAGAUAUACAAGUGGAAGGAGAGCCCAUAGAGAAGGAAGAAGAGGAGGAGGAAAUAAAGGAAGACAGACAUGAGGUAAAGAAGGAAGAGGAAGAGGAAGUGGAAGACGACGAUGACCAGGACAUCAUGAAAGUUCUGGGCAAUCUGGUGGUGGCCCUCUUCAUCAAGUAUUGGAUCUACGUCUGUGGGGGCAUGUUCUUUUUUGUCAGCUUUGAGGGGAAAAUCGUCAUGUACAAAAUCAUCUACAUGGUGCUGUUCCUGUUCUGUGUGGCCUUGUACCAGGUACACUACGAGUGGUGGAGGAAGAUCCUGAAAUACUUCUGGAUGUCGGUGGUCAUUUACACCAUGCUGGUGCUCAUCUUCAUCUACACUUACCAGUUUGAGAACUUCCCAGGCCUGUGGCAAAACAUGACCGGGUUAAAGAAAGAGAAGCUUGAGGAUCUGGGCCUGAAGCAGUUCACUGUGGCCGAACUGUUCACACGGAUAUUCAUCCCCACCUCCUUUCUGCUGGUCUGCAUCCUGCACCUCCACUAUUUCCAUGACCGGUUCCUGGAACUCACAGACCUCAAGUCCAUCCCCAGCAAAGAAGACAACACCAUCUACAGCCAUGCCAAGGUCAAUGGUCGCGUGUACCUAAUAAUAAAUAGCAUCAAGAAAAAAUUACCAAUCCACCAGAAUGAGUUAGCCCACCCUGAAGGAAGCCUCCCAGACCUAGCCAUUAUGAACAUGACGGCCAGCCUCGAUAAGCCUGAGAGGCAGAAGUUGGCAGAGCCUGGGGAGGAGAGGACAGAAGAAUGUGCCAAGAAGGCAGAGAAGGGUGAGGCUGGGAAAGACAGUGAUGAGUCUGAGGAGGAGGAAGAUGAGGAAGAGGAAUCCGAGGAGGAAGAAUCCUCAGAUCUCAGGAACAAGUGGCACCUCGUGAUUGACCGGCUCACUGUGCUCUUUCUAAAGUUCCUGGAGUAUUUCCACAAGUUGCAGGUGUUUAUGUGGUGGAUCUUGGAGCUGCACAUCAUCAAAAUCGUCUCAUCGUACAUUAUCUGGGUGACUGUCAAAGAGGUGUCUCUGUUCAACUAUGUAUUUUUGAUUUCUUGGGCAUUUGCUCUGCCAUAUGCCAAACUCCGCCGUGUGGCUUCCAGUGUCUGCACUGUCUGGACGUGUGUGAUCAUCGUCUGCAAAAUGUUGUACCAGCUGCAAACCAUUAAGCCUGAGAACUUUUCUGUCAACUGCUCCUUGCCCAAUGAAAAUCAAACCAACAUACCCCUUAAUGAGUUGAACAAGUCUCUUCUCUACAGUGCCCCUGUUGAUCCCACUGAGUGGGUUGGCCUGAGGAAGUCCUCCCCUUUACUCGUCUACCUGAGGAACAACCUCCUGAUGUUGGCGAUUUUGGCCUUCGAAGUCACUGUUUACCGACAUCAGGAGUACUAUCGAGGCCGAAACAACCUAACUGCUCCGGUGUCUAAAACUAUCUUUCAUGACAUCACAAGGUUACAUCUAGAUGAUGGGCUUAUCAAUUGUGCCAAAUAUUUUGUAAACUACUUCUUCUACAAGUUUGGCCUAGAGACCUGUUUCCUAAUGUCAGUGAAUGUAAUUGGACAGCGAAUGGACUUCUACGCCAUGAUUCAUGCCUGUUGGCUGAUCGGUGUCUUGUAUCGACGCAGAAGAAAAGCCAUUGCUGAGGUCUGGCCCAAGUACUGCUGCUUCCUGGCUUGCAUCAUCACCUUCCAGUAUUUUGUCUGCAUAGGCAUCCCUCCUGCCCCCUGCCGAGAUUACCCAUGGAGAUUCAAGGGUGCCAACUUCAAUGACAACAUCAUCAAGUGGCUGUACUUCCCAGAUUUCAUCGUGCGGCCCAACCCUGUGUUUCUUGUCUAUGACUUCAUGCUGCUCCUGUGUGCUUCCUUACAACGACAGAUUUUUGAGGACGAAAACAAGGCAGCUGUGCGCAUCAUGGCCGGGGACAAUGUCGAGAUUUGCAUGAACCUUGACGCGGCCUCAUUCAGCCAGCAUAACCCUGUACCAGAUUUCAUUCACUGCAGAUCUUACUUGGACAUGUCCAAAGUGAUCAUCUUCAGCUACCUCUUCUGGUUCGUCCUCACCAUCAUCUUCAUUACCGGAACGACCAGGAUCAGCAUAUUUUGCAUGGGUUACCUGGUGGCCUGUUUCUAUUUCCUGCUCUUUGGAGGUGAUCUGCUCCUGAAACCCAUCAAGAGCAUCCUUCGCUACUGGGACUGGCUGAUUGCGUACAACGUGUUUGUGAUCACCAUGAAAAACAUACUGUCAAUAGGAGCCUGUGGAUACAUCGGCGCCCUGGUGAGAAACAGCUGCUGGCUGAUCCAAGCGUUCAGCCUGGCCUGCACGGUGAAAGGCUAUAAAAUGCCUGAAGAUGACUCCAGAUGCAAGCUGCCCAGUGGGGAGGCAGGGAUCAUCUGGGACAGCAUCUGCUUUGCGUUUCUCCUGCUACAGAGGAGAGUCUUCAUGAGUUACUAUUUCCUGCACGUCGUGGCUGAUAUUAAAGCGUCCCAGAUCCUGGCAUCCAGAGGGGCCGAACUUUUCCAGGCUACAAUUGUGAAAGCUGUAAAGGCAAGAAUUGAAGAAGAGAAAAAAUCCAUGGACCAGCUGAAGAGACAGAUGGAUCGCAUCAAAGCCCGGCAGCAAAAGUACAAAAAGGGUAAGGAGAGGAUGCUGAGCUUGACCCAGGAGUCAGGGGAAGGCCAGGACAUCCAGAAAGUCUCAGAAGAAGACGAUGAAAGAGAAGCAGACAAACAGAAAGCCAAGGGCAAAAAAAAGCAGUGGUGGCGGCCUUGGGUUGAUCAUGCUUCCAUGGUCAGAAGUGGAGAUUAUUAUUUGUUUGAAACGGAUAGUGAAGAAGAGGAAGAAGAGGAAGUUAAAAAGGAGGAUGAAGAACCACCACGGAAGUCCGCAUUCCAGAGAGCUAUUGGGAAGUUUGCCUCAGCCAUUUUAGCCUUGCCAAAGUCUAUCAUUAAACUUCCCAAAACUAUUCUUCAGUAUUUAAUCAGAGCUGCAAAGUUCGUCUACCAAGCCUGGAUUACCGAUCCUAAAACAGCACUCCGACAGAGGAGGAAAGAGAAGAAGAAAAUGGCCAGAGAAGAGCAGAAGGGAAGACGCAAAGGAUCUGGGGAGGGUCCAGUGGAAUGGGAAGACAGAGAAGAUGAACCAAUCAAAAAGAAAUCUGAUGGUCCAGAUAAUAUCAUCAAGAGGAUAUUUAAUAUCCUGAAGUUCACCUGGGUCCUGUUCCUGGCCACGGUGGACAGUUUCACUACUUGGCUCAACUCCAUCUCAAGGGAGCAUAUCGACAUAUCCACAGUUCUGCGGAUUGAAAGAUGCAUGCUGACCCGAGAGAUAAAGAAGGGCAACGUUCCGACACGGGAAAGCAUCCACAUGUACUACCAGAACCACAUGAUGAACCUUUCCAGAGAAUCCGGACUGGACACAAUCGACGAGCACUCUGGCGCUGGUUCCAGGGCCCAGGCAGCACACAGGAUGGAUAGCUUAGAUUCCCAUGACAGUAUCUCCAGCUGUUACACUGAAGCAACCCUGCUGAUCUCAAGGCAGUCCACCCUUGAUGAUUUAGAUGGACAAGACCCUGUUCCUAAAACAAGCGAGCGUGCUCGGCCUAGGCUCCGUAAAGUGUUCAGCAUGGACAUGUCCUCCUCAUCAGCUGACAGUGGCAGUGUAGCAUCAAGCGAGCCCACACAGUGCACCAUGCUGUAUUCACGCCAAGGAACUACGGAAACCAUUGAGGAGGUAGAGGCUGAAGCUGAGGAGGAGGUGGUAGAGAGUCUGGAGCCUGAGCUCCAUGAUGCCGAAGAGAAGGAAUAUGCAGCUGACUAUGAAGCGGGGGUAGAGGAGGUCAGCCUCACUCCAGAUGAGGAGUUGCCUCAGUUCUCAACAGAUGACGGUGAUGUGGAGGCCCCACCCUCCUACAGCAAGGCUGUCAGCUUUGAGCACCUCUCGUUUGCAUCACAAGAUGACUCCGGGGGCAAGAACCACAUGGUGGUCAGCCCUGAUGACAGCCGCACAGACAAGCUGGAGUCCAGUAUCUUACCACCCCUGACUCACGAGCUGACAGCCAGCGAUCUGCUCAUGAGCAAGAUGUUCCGUGAUGAUGAGCUUGAAGAAUCUGAGAAAUUCUACGUGGACCAGCCCCGGUUCUUGCUGCUAUUCUAUGCCAUGUAUAACACUCUGGUAGCCCGCUCGGAAAUGGUGUGCUAUUUCGUGAUCAUCCUGAACCACAUGAUCUCUGCCUCCAUCAUUACCCUUCUGUUGCCCAUCCUGAUCUUCCUCUGGGCCAUGCUGUCCGUCCCCAGGCCCAGCCGGCGCUUCUGGAUGAUGGCCAUCGUCUACACUGAGGUGGCGAUUGUAGUGAAAUAUUUCUUCCAGUUUGGCUUCUUUCCUUGGAAUAAGGACUUGGAACUUUACAAGGACAGGCCCUACUUUCCACCAAACAUCAUAGGGGUGGAGAAGAAAGAGGGCUACGUUCUUUACGACCUCAUUCAGCUGCUGGCUCUGUUCUUCCAUCGCUCCAUUCUGAAGUGUCAUGGCCUAUGGGACGAGGAUGACAUUGUAGACAGUAACACAGACAAGGAAGGAUCUGAUGAUGAGCUGUCCCUCGAUCAGGGCAGAAGAGGCUCCUCAGAGUCACUGAAGUCCAUCAACUUGGCUGCCUCUGUAGAGUCUGUCCAUGUGACCUUCCCAGAGCAGCCAGCAGCCAUCCGGAGAAAACGCUCCUGCAGCAGCUCCCAGAUCUCCCCACGGUCCAGCUUCUCUUCAAAUAGGUCCAAAAGAGGUAGCACAAGCACCCGAAACAGCAGCCAAAAAGGAAGCAGUGUUCUGAGCAUUAAACAGAAAAGCAAAAGAGAACUUUACAUGGAAAAGCUUCAAGAACAUUUAAUCAAAGCAAAGGCCUUUACCAUAAAGAAAACUCUACAAAUCUAUGUACCCAUUCGGCAAUUCUUCUAUGACCUCAUCCACCCAGACUACAGUGCUGUGACUGACGUGUAUGUGCUGAUGUUCCUGGCCGACACCGUGGACUUCAUCAUCAUCGUCUUUGGCUUCUGGGCUUUUGGGAAACACUCGGCAGCUGCAGAUAUCACCUCUUCCCUAUCAGAAGACCAGGUCCCCGGGCCGUUCCUGGUGAUGGUUCUCAUUCAGUUUGGAACCAUGGUGGUGGACCGUGCACUCUACCUCAGGAAGACUGUGCUUGGCAAGGUCAUUUUCCAGGUCAUUCUCGUGUUUGGAAUUCACUUCUGGAUGUUCUUCAUCUUACCCAGUGUGACUGAGAGGAAAUUCAGCCAGAACCUGGUGGCGCAGCUCUGGUACUUCGUGAAAUGUGUGUACUUUGGGUUGUCUGCCUACCAAAUCCGCUGUGGCUACCCAACACGCGUGCUCGGAAACUUCCUCACGAAGAGCUACAAUUACGUCAACCUCUUCUUGUUUCAAGGGUUCCGUCUGGUCCCAUUUCUGACUGAGCUGCGGGCUGUGAUGGACUGGGUGUGGACAGAUACAACCUUGAGCCUCUCCAGCUGGAUUUGUGUGGAGGACAUUUACGCACACAUUUUCAUCUUAAAGUGCUGGCGAGAGUCGGAAAAGAGAUACCCUCAACCCAGGGGCCAGAAGAAGAAGAAAGCUGUGAAGUACGGCAUGGGCGGAAUGAUCAUUGUCCUGCUCAUCUGUAUCGUCUGGUUUCCUCUGCUCUUCAUGUCUUUGAUCAAGUCUGUCGCAGGGGUUAUUAACCAACCCCUGGAUGUGUCCGUCACAAUAACCCUGGGAGGCUAUCAGCCUAUCUUCACAAUGAGUGCCCAGCAAAGCCAGCUGAAAGUUAUGGAUGGUACAAAGUAUAACGAAUUCAUAAAGUCUUUCGGCCCCAACAGUGGCGCUAUGCAAUUUCUGGAGAAUUAUGAAAGGCAAGACAUAACAGUAGCGGAACUGGAAGGGAAUUCGAAUUCUUUGUGGACCAUCAGCCCUCCCAGUAAGCAGAAAAUGAUACAGGAGCUCACCGACCCCAAUAGUUGCUUCUCUGUUGUUUUUUCAUGGAGUAUCCAGAGAAACAUGACUCUGGGUGCAAAGGCUGAAAUAGCAACGGACAAGCUUUCUUUUCCUCUCACGGAUGCGACACGAAGUAGCAUAGCCAAAAUGAUUGCUGGCAAUGACACAGAAAGUUCAAACACACCAGUGACAAUAGAAAAGAUCUACCCGUACUACGUGAAGGCACCCAGUGACUCAAAUUCAAAGCCUAUAAAACAGCUUCUGUCUGAAAACAAUUUCAUGAAUAUCACCAUCAUUUUGUUCAGAGACAAUGUCACAAAGUCCAAUAGUGAGUGGUGGGUUCUCAACCUGACUGGAAGUAGGAUAUUCAAUCAGGGAUCCCAAGCCUUGGAGCUGGUGGUCUUCAAUGACAAAGUCAGCCCCCCAAGUCUGGGCUUCUUGGCUGGCUAUGGCAUCAUGGGAUUGUAUGCAUCCGUUGUCCUUGUAAUUGGGAAGUUUGUUCGCGAAUUCUUCAGUGGGAUCUCUCACUCUAUCAUGUUUGAAGAGCUUCCAAAUGUGGACAGAAUUUUGAAGUUAUGCACAGAUAUAUUUCUUGUACGGGAGACAGGGGAACUGGAGCUGGAGGAAGACCUCUAUGCCAAAUUGAUAUUCCUGUACAGGUCGCCAGAAACCAUGAUCAAGUGGACUAGAGAAAAAACAAACUGAUCCCUAAGACCAGGACUGCAAAUAAAGCUAACAUUCGAAUCUUUUUUCUUUUAAGAAAAGCACAAUACUCUAAGAGCUAAGCAGUUCUAGUCUGGCAGCAACCAUUCUCUUCUGAUGAGUGGCUGAAAGAAGUUCAUUUUCUUGUUCCCAAAAGCCACCUCAUACAAGAAGGCGCUGUUGAAGUUCUCCGUACUCCCAUUUCUCUAAAAUCAGGGCUCAUUGCUUUAGAGGUUUUUUUUUUUCCGGUCAAGAGUGUCUUGCCUUCUUAUCAGUUAUAUGAAAGGUUCAUGUAGGGUCCCUUCCCUUGGAGAAAGGCACCUUUGUCUAACUCUCUAGGGACCUCACCUUUCCUGGCGUCAUAGUCAAAGUGCACCACACAGCUCUUCUCCCCGCCGGGGAAACUGCUGAGCAGAGACCCCCGUGAGCCCUCAGCACACUCCAGAUGUGCAGCAGCAAUAGGAGGCAGCAGUACUGCCCGAGUUUCAAGAGGAAAGAGGGGACCCCCAAACCCAGAAGAUGUGGCUGGAAGGACAAGCCUCAUUCUAAGCAAAAAGAUAGCAUAAGCGAUACUCCUACUGCCUUAUCUCAACUGAAGACUGGUGAGAAAUCUUUCUAUUGAACACCAGUGACUUCUCAGGAAAAAAAAAAAAACACUCAGCAAAGCAACACCGUGGACUCCUGCUUUUGAGGUCGGGUGGUAACCACCCUCAGGUAGCGGUGACCAUUCUGCUAAAGACGGCUCCAGAUGCAACAGAAACAGAAGGACAGCAGUGGUCAGCUCAGCCUGACAGGAACACCUCGGCUUUAUGACCCCAGUGACUGAGGCCACAGGGCUCUUCUGCCUCUCCCCACCCUCCUCCCCACCUCUCCUCAUGCCCUCACAUGCUUCCUCCCAUGUCCAUGAUUUAAGGCAGUGGUUUUUCCAGUGUGUGACAUUUCCCUUGCAGUUUUUCAGGCAUAUCAAAGAGUUUACAUAUUCCAAUUCACAUUUUUACAUCUAAGACGGGUUUUUUAAGUUCAUAAUUAUGGAAGAAAUAUGUAUAUUGAGCUUGGGGGAAACAAGAUCAUGAUGGCCUUUUCUUAAAUUAUUAUCAUUGGGAACACAACCUCUUCAUAAAAUAGCAUUGUAGCAUGAAAAUUGAUGAUUGAAAUGUACUUUUCAUUCAAUACUAAAAAAAAAAAAUACUGUUUCUGAGAAGAACCAUUGAAUGGGCUAGAAUAUGUCAAAAAUCACUCCUGUGUACUCUGGGUUCAGGACUGACGUAAAAUAAAGCACAUCUUGCAAAGUCA